AUGGAUCGCGACACAAGCAACCAACAUCAGUAUGGAGUUAUGGAGACUGCGGAUCGAAAUACUGAUUUCUCCUGCAUAACUGCAAUUCUAUCAUGUUUUGUUCUCUCAGUGAUGUACGUCGCGAGCCUCUAUGUAUGGAAUUCUCCGUACAGUAGAGAACAUCCAACUGUAAUAAAAAAAAGAUUUUUUAGUGUUUUUAUUAUGUCUCUUAUAUCUCCUGCAUUAUUGUACUUUGGAAUGAAUGAGAAAGUAUUUCAAAAGGCAACAAUUUGGGAGUUAUUGGGACUGCGGUGGCCUGGUUUAAUUCAAGCAAUUAUAAUACCAUUGUUAUUAACAAUGAUACUAUUUCUAGGACCAAUAUGUGUACAAGGUUUCAAUGGACUUUGGAGAUUAUAUACUGAACCUAUGUAUUGGUUUGGAAGUGUGCGAACAAUAAUAUGGUGGAGAAAUCUAGUAGUUGCUCCUUUGGCUGAAGAAUGGACAUUUAGAGCAUGUAUGUUACCAUUGCUUUUGCAAUGUUUUACACCAACUACUGCCAUAUUUAUCUGCCCUUUAUUUUUUGGUGUCGCUCAUUUUCAUCAUGUAGUAGAUAGAGUAAAAGCAGGCAUGAAUCUUAAACAUGCACUAUUUAUAUCUUGUUUUCAAUUUGCGUUUACGACAUUAUUUGGAGCAUAUGCUGCCUUUCUUUUUGCUAAAACGGGACAUUUAGCAGCACCAUUUACAGCACAUUCUUUUUGUAAUCAUAUGGGAUGUCCUGAUCUUUCUGAAGUAGUUGCAGUUAAAGAUCCAUUAAAAAGAGCUGGUUUGUUUUCUUUGUUUGUAAUUGGAUUAGUAGCUUGGUGUUUCUUAUUAACACCAAUGACAAAUCCAAGAUUAUUUUAUAAUAAUUUAUUUUGGCAUAAAAAUUUUAUAUGAGUAUGAUUUAUUUGCAAUAAUAUCAUUAAUGUUAUGUACAAUUUUUAUAAGAGAAAAAUUAGUCUAGCUCAAUAUAAUAUUUAAAAAAUUCAUAUUGCAUGAUAUUUUUUAGGAACUGUUACUUAAUAAAUUGUAUACAUGUUAACGAGACUGUUUUGCAAUUUACAUAUAUAUAUAUAUAUAUAUAUAUAUAUAUAGAUACAAUUUUAUUAAAUAAAAUAAGUACUUUUAUAAGUUAGAAAUUAAUCAGAUUGUAUAAUGAAAAAUUUUUUAUUUUUUAUUUCUGAUCAUGUUUUGUAUAAAAUGAUCAUUGUGUAAAAAAGUUACUAUAAGCAAAUUAAUCAUGCAAUAUAGAACUGAUAUAAAAUCACCGUAGUGCCUCAAAUUUAAUUCAAUUUACAUAGUGAUAUCUUAAAUGCCAAUAAAAUUUUAGGCAAAGUUCUUAAAAUUUCGUAAACAAAGAUGUUGAUGAAAUAUUGUAUAAUUAAAAAGAUAUAACAUUGUUAUAAUAAACAGUGCAUUAUCUUAAAUUGAUAAAAAAAGAGUUAUUUCCAUAAAAAUGUAUGUUUUUGGGAAUUUUUUCUAACAUAAUGUACAAUAUAUGAAUUUUUAUUUUAAAUUUAUUUAACUAUUAUUAUGAUUCCUACUUACAUGUAUAAAAACCUAUUUACAUUCAUAUAAAAAAUUACACUUACUGUUUAUUGAAAUUACAGAAUUAACAGAUAGCAGUAUUAUAAUAUUUGCCAUAAAUGUGUACAGCUAUUUAUCUAGAAAAAAACAAAAAAAUGUAUAGAAGUUAGUUAUUAAAAUAUCUUUUAAUAUGAAAAGAUCAAAUUAACUUAUUAUUAUAUCUAUCUUGCAAAAUAUGUAUUUGAUCAUACACAUUUUAAUCACAAUUUAUUGUUAAUAAUAUAAGUUUUUUUUAAAGAAAAAGAAAUUGAAUUGUUUAAUAUAAAUGUUUAUAUAAAUAUUUAGAUUGUUUUAAAUUGAAAAUUUAUUCAAUAUAAAAUUUUAUAUAUUUUAAAUAAAUUUAAAGAAUAGAAUUUUUAACAUAAAUAAAUUCAUUCUUUUUAUAAUAUAAUAAUAUAAAAAAUAAUAUACAAUUGUAAAACUUUCUACUUUAGAGUAAUCAAAGUUAUAUAUAUAUUAUCUUAUAUGAUAUUUAUUAAUAUUUAUUUAAAAAUAAUAUAGAAUGUAUUUUAGAAUAUUUUAAGUAAUGCAAAGAAAGUGCACAUUAUUUCUUAUUUAUUUAAUAUAAUAUAAUUAAAUAUACUUAUUUUAUAAUUAUUUUAUCUUUAGAAAUUUAUUAUAAUUUAAUUAUUACAUCACUUUCAUAUUGCAUUACUUAUAAGUAAGACUGUUUUCUUUUUGAAAAUUAUUGUUAAAAUUAAAAAUAUUAACAAAAUAUUAUAUUAGAAACUGUUACCGCAAAUAUUUUUUGUUAAUAUUUUAAAAUAAACGAAUCAUUUUUGGACAUAAAACAUUAUUUUUAUAAAUUUUUAUAAAAUAUUUUUUUUGUAUUACCUUCAUGUUUGGCUAGGUCCAGGUGUCGCAUCAGAAUUUUGUGAUUGAUUGAGAAAUAGUACAUUACUGGUUUUUAUACUUGGGCCUGUAGAUAUAAGUGAUGGACAUGGACUAAUACAUGGUGUUGAGGAAUGACUAUUACUUAAAUCACAUUGGUCUAACAAUUUCCAAAGUUCUUCUGGUGUAGGUCCACCAGAAACAUCUGUAAUCAAUAUCCAUGAUAUGAUGUUAAUGAAUUUAUUAAACAAAAAAAAAAAAAAAAAAAAAUAAA